CUCCCCGUGGCGCGAGCGGCUGACUGAGCCUGGAGAGGAAACGGCGUUCGGAGCCGCGCUCCCGCCCAGGCCGGCCCUGACGCGGGCCUCGUCAGCCGGUAACGGGGAGCAGAGGUGGGGGGUCAGGGAGGCGACCACGAAAACGGUGAAGGUCAGAACCGAGAGGCCUCCUCCGAGAAGGGCAGGAGCUGGGAGGAGGCGGCAGCGGCAGCGGCAGGAGCAGCAGCGGCGGCGGCAGCUGGGAGGAGGUGGUGACGGUGGCAACGGCAGCGUCGGGGACGAUGGCGCGACUGGUGGCAGUGUGCAGGGACGGGGAGGAGGAGUUCCCCUUCGAGAGGAGGCAGAUUCCCCUCUACAUAGACGACACCCUCACGAUGGUGAUGGAAUUUCCUGACAAUGUGUUAAAUCUUGAUGGGCAUCAAAAUAAUGGUGCACAACUAAAGCAGUUUAUUCAGCGACAUAGCAUGCUUAAGCAGCAAGAUCUAAGUAUUGCCAUGGUGGUGACAUCACGUGAAGUAUUGAGUGCACUUUCUCAGCUUGUCCCAUGUGUUGGUUGUCGUCGCAGUGUGGAGCGCCUCUUUUCCCAGCUUGUAGAGUCUGGAAAUCCCGCACUUGAACCCCUGACAGUAGGGCCCAAAGGAGUCCUAUCUGUAACUCGAAGCUGCAUGACUGAUGCAAAGAAGCUUUAUACCUUAUUUUAUGUACAUGGGUCCAAACUAAAUGACAUGAUAGAUGCUAUUCCAAAAAGUAAAAAGAACAAGAGAUGUCAGUUGCACUCCUUAGAUACGCACAAACCAAAACCUUUGGGAGGUUGUUGGAUGGACGUAUGGGAACUAAUGUCCCAAGAAUGCAGGGAUGAAGUAGUUUUAAUCGACUCCAGUUGUCUUUUAGAAACACUAGAAACAUAUCUGCGAAAACACAGGUUUUGCACUGAUUGCAAAAAUAAAGUCCUCCGAGCAUACAAUAUCCUUAUUGGUGAACUUGAUUGCAGCAAAGAGAAGGGCUACUGUGCUGCACUUUAUGAAGGUUUGCGGUGCUGUCCACACGAACGGCACAUACAUGUUUGCUGUGAAACAGACUUCAUUGCACAUCUCUUGGGUCGUGCUGAGCCAGAGUUCGCAGGAGGGUAUGAGCGAAGAGAAAGGCAUGCAAAGACAAUAGAUAUAGCUCAAGAGGAAGUUCUGACCUGCUUGGGAAUUCAUCUUUAUGAAAGACUGCAUCGAAUCUGGCAAAAACUACGAGCAGAAGAGCAAACAUGGCAGAUGCUUUUCUAUCUUGGUGUUGAUGCUUUACGCAAGAGUUUUGAGAUGACUGUGGAAAAAGUACAGGGUAUUAGCCGAUUAGAACAACUUUGUGAAGAAUUUUCAGAGGAAGAACGAGUAAGAGAACUCAAGCAAGAAAAGAAACGCCAAAAACGGAAGAAUAGACGAAAAAAUAAAUGUGUAUGUGAUAUUCCUACUCCCUUACAAGCAGCAGAUGAAAAGGAAGUAAGCCAAGAGAAGGAAACAGACUUCAUAGAAAACAGCUGCAAAGCCUGUGGCAGCACUGAAGAUGGUAAUGGUUGUGUAGAAGUCAUCGUUACCAAUGAAAAUACGUCCUGUACCUGUCCUAGCAGCGGCAAUCUCUUGGGGUCCCCUAAAAUAAAGAAAGGCUUAUCACCACACUGUAAUGGUAGUGAUUGUGGAUAUUCAUCUAGCAUGGAAGGGAGUGAAACAGGUUCUCGGGAGGGUUCAGAUGUUGCUUGCACUGAAGGCAUUUGUAAUCAUGAUGAACACGGUGACGACUCCUGUGUUCAUCACUGUGAAGACAAAGAGGAUGAUGGAGAUAGCUGUGUUGAAUGUUGGGCAAAUUCUGAAGAGAACAACACCAAAGGAAAAAAUAAAAAGAAGAAAAAGAAAGCCAAGAUGUUGAAAUGUGAUGAACAUAUCCAAAAGCUUGGAAGCUGUAUUACAGAUCCAGGUAAUCGAGAGACCUCAGGAAAUACCGUGCACACAGUGUUUCACCGUGACAAGACCAAAGAUGCACAUCCUGAAAGCUGUUGCAGUUCUGAAAAGGGUGGGCAGCCACUGCCUUGGUUUGAGCAUAGGAAAAAUGUACCACAGUUUGCAGAACCUACAGAACCGUCAUUUGGUCCUGAUUCCGGUAAAGGUGCCAAGAGCUUAGUUGAACUCCUUGAUGAGUCUGAAUGUACUUCAGAUGAGGAAAUCUUUAUCUCACAAGACGAAAUACAGUCAUUUAUGGCUAAUAACCAGUCUUUCUACAGCAAUAGAGAACAAUACCGACAGCAUCUGAAGGAGAAAUUUAAUAAAUACUGCCGCUUAAAUGAUCACAAGAGGCCCAUUUGUAGUGGCUGGUUGACAACGGCUGGAGCAAAUUAAAUAAAUAAAAUAGCUCUGUCUUUCAAUGAAACACUCAAGAUGACUACUGCGCCUUCUCUUUCAAAAAACUUAAUUUAGUGACUUAUGGCAAAAUUUUAUCUUAAAUCAAUGUGAUUCUUUCUUGUUUUGGGAGACGGUGGAGGUAACCUCAUUAGUUUGUUCUUUCUUCAGGCUUGUGUCUUUAGUUGCGUGGCUGCGCAGGCCUGCCAUAUGAUUUAAGCCAUCUCUCUUCAUUAAAUGUUUCUCUUCCUGUGAGACUUACUAAAGCAACCUAGUGGCAAAAAGUAAUGUUGUACUUAUACUUCUGUACAGAAAUGACAAUGAGCUGAAUAUAUGGUUUUACAAAGUAGACAUCCACUUGCAAAAUGUUUGGAUGUAAUGUUAAAGCGCAAUGUGCAAAAUUUAAAAUAAAGAAUAUUUAUUAAUACGCAUAGUAAAA